UGUGAGGCGAUAUCAUUGUUCAAGAAGUGACGCACACAUAAAUAUGGCCGAGCCCACGGCCAGCAGCAUCGAUCAAGUGCAACACCUGCUGGCUCGGCAGCCGUGGGAGCGCUGCGGCGGCCCACAGGUGCGGGCGGAGCUGAUGGGCACACCCACGGGCUCUGGAGACCUGGCGGAGGCGAGGAGCAGCUGGUGGCGCUGGAGGAGGUGCGUGCGGGGCGGCGGACUGCACGCGGCGUUGGCCCAGAUGGCGGUGGCGCGCGCGCCCUCAGGCUCAGCCGCGCUGUCAGCUGAGGCCUGCGUGCUGCCCCCCGCCAGCGGCGCCCCAGCGGCUGCACAGGCAGCCGCUCCACCGCAUCAGGCGGCUCCACAAGCACUGGCGCGGGACUGGGCGUUCAAGAUGAGGGCUGCAGGCGGCGGCGGCGCGGGCGGGCGCAGCGGUGGCGCUUCGGCGGUGGUCCCCCACAGGGCAUGGCUGCUGUCGUCGCCAGCGCUCACGCUUAACCCGUGCCGCCCCCCGCCGGCAGCACCCCGACGGCUACACAGGCAGCCGCUCCACCGCAUGCAGGCGGUUCCACCAACACUCGCGGCGUGGGACUGGGUGUUCAAGAUGAGGGCUGUAGGCGGCGGCGGCGCGGGCGGGCGCGUGCGUGCGGCGCUGCUUCAGGCGAUGCGGCCUGGCACAGGUCCAGAAGGCGAAGGGGCCGCGGAGGAGUCGGAAGGGAACUCCUAUGCCGAGAAGCUCAGCAUCAGCUGUGCAGGAGCGGGCGUGCGGGAGAGGAACGGAGGCGCGCUGGGGGCAGAGGGCGGCACGGCGCAUGGGCUCGAGCUGGUGCAGGAGUUCUCGCUGGCUGUGGCCGUCCUGGCGCAGUCCGCGGUUGCGCUGUCCGUCCUGGAGGGCGGCAUGCUUACUUUGGUGAUGGCGCUCUGCGUUUGCGCUGUGUCCAAGUGCCCUGGGCAUGAGGAUUCUGACUGCGAGGACCGACUUGUCUCCGAGGAUGACCGGCCCUCAAGCCCGGCGUCUUCUAUCGGCGACAAGAUGGACAUGCACAUCGCAGACCGCGACGGCUUUCCGCCUGCUGACAACGAGCCAAAGCCCAAACUGCUGUGCGCUGCUGAGACUCCUCUGGGCUCGCUGGCUGAUGGCUCCCUGAAGCCUGCUGUCACCGCCCCGACCUGCGACACCAACCCCGCCUGCCCGAAGCCCGACGCCAUCGACGGUUCCGACACCGACGCCCUCGACUUCACCAUUUGCUCCUGCCUGCACGCGAGCGGCUGCCCCCUGGUCAUCAUCGACCACUCCGCCGACGAGAUUGCUCCCUACAAGCCCGCUGGCUCUGGCGCGUACCGCCUGAUGUUCCAGACAUUCACGAAGCACUGGGCCGGCGUGCAGCAGGCCUGGGACACCAUUCAGGCUCUGAAGGCUCGGGCCACGAACCGCCUACAGCAGGCACUGCGCUGCCGUUUCGACAUGACCCAGAUUGGAUCUGAUCUGGUGCUCGAGUACCUGGCUCAGACGGUGUGCGAGCUUGAGACCCAGGCUGUGUGGGACCUGCAGGAGGCCGGCCAGUGGGAGGUGGAAUGGCAGGUCCGCCUGCAGGCCAUGCAGCUGGCGGUGCGUGAGGCAAAGGCCGUGGCCGAGCACGGCUGGCUGGAGAGUGUGGUCUCCGUGCCUGGCUUCGUGGUGUGAAGGCCCUGUGCGGCCGGCCGGCGAGGCGAUGGACUGACCUAUCAAAAAAUCGGUGUUUUUCAACACCACCCUAAAUGGCAUCCUGGUUUUGAGCUCGGGGUUGGAUGGGAACAGGCAACGGACUGCAAUCCGUGCAGGCGGCAAGCAAUGACGUACGGUACGGUACAGGCAAGGUCAAAUCCACAAGGAGUUUCAGUACAGGACCGCUGAUGGCACGGAGUGAUAGUGCUUGUCUUGAGGAGUCGAUUGACGCCACUUUGGUAUAAGAUGGAGGGGUUUUAACCCCUAAACACCAAGGUUUGUCCGUGUGUGUGUGGGUGUGUGUGUGUUGGGGGGGGGUCGGUCGUCCCCUCUAGGAGUGUCCCGAGGGUUUCGGGGCAUGGGGUCUGGCACUUUGUUUCCUACCCCCCCCCGCCCCCUCCACCAGGACCUGAAAGUGAGCCCAAGCUUUACAGCCGUUGCCUUGAAGUAAGCCCACGGCUAGUCGACCGGAGCUGGAUGAGAGCAGCCAAACCCGCGAGUGUCACCCCUCCGCCGCGACCGCAGGCUGCCUGACUGGACAGGUUCCGUGGAGCACGCCACGCAAAACACGCACACGGCCCCAGACCUGGCUCUGGGCUGCAUAACUCAAAUAUAUCAGGCAUAUGGUCGUGUUGCAUGCUAGACUGCGUCAUGCCGCAAGUAACGUAGCUGUCACACAGCCGGCUCCGAUGCAGCUGCUGGCCGUGGACCCAGACAUAUUUCUGUGCACGUCACUUCUAGAAUAAAUAUUUCACCACAUAGAUAUACGUAACCGAGUACGAGAAUGCCAUCCUGAGCCAGGAGCAUGUCCAACCCGCCAUGAACUUAGCGUCGAGACGCCACAAACCUGCUUUCUGACGCCCCGCUGUGUUAAGCGUCUAUGGCAUAUAUCACUGUCGUGGGUAGCUAUCAUUCGGGGACGGGGAGCCUGCGUCUCGGCAACGAGGCCCUGCAGGUCUGGCGAUUAGGGUUCAGGGGGAGCUCAGCUGGCAGCCGGGCGAACGGCACAUGGCGCUUGUAGCAUAUGGCGUGAGGAGGCUGGGUGGCAGCGAUGUAGUUCUGCCGAAGCGCCCACGGUAACUCUCAGCGGCCGCUGGGAGCUGCUAGCGCGCUAGCCCAAGCUGGUCUUUCCCGCCCCGCCGCCGUCCGUGGACGUGGCCCAGGCCCCUGCCUCCCCGACAAUGCGGCGCAGGUGGGUGGUGGCUUUGGGCGUGCAUGUGCUGGCGGCGGAUGUUUGGGGGCGGGGCGGGGUAGGAACGGGGCGCGGCGCGGCCCGUGGCGGUUCGUGGUGUAGCGGCGGCGUGACGUGGCGUGUGGCGUGGCGCGUGGCGGCGCGGCACGUAGUGGCGCGUGAUGGGUCACCGCGUGCCGAGUCCCUAUUCAAGCUCCGGGCUGCGGGGCGAUGGGGGGCACGUGAGGUCGCAGCAGGGGACCACUGAGCGCAUACCGGCAGCGAGUGAUGCGUGUGGAGACAUUGCCUUGGACAACGCGGAACAUGGGCGUGGGCGUUGCAGCCGUGGGCGUUGCAGCUGUCCGCAGCGCCCUGCGGGAGCGCUCGGGUGCUGCUGCUGGCUAGCUCGUGCAUUGGGGGUCUUGCCAGGGUCGUCCUAGGGCGGCGCGGCUUAGCCGGCCAACAUUCAACUGAGCCUGCUGCAUCGUACCGUGGGUAUGGUGGCUGCGAUGCCGACCUUGUGCCUCGUUGUUGCUCUUCCCCGUGCUCAGGUCAAGCGCAAUACCUGCUGGCGUGGCAGCCGUGGGAGCGCUUCGGCGGCCCACAGGUGCGGGCGGAGCCGAUGGGCACACCCACGGGCUCUGGAGACCUGACGGAGGCGAGGAGCAUCUGCAGGCGCUGGAGGUGGGGGCGAUGUCCCACGCUUUGUCAGGUUGCACUUCAUUUCGACUUUCCAUCUGGGUGGUUAUGUGGCUGGGAUGAGUGCGUGAGUACGUAUGCCCUGGAUCAUCUGGACCCACAUGCCCGGCAUGGGCUACAGCCACCGGUGUGUGGGAAGGCGUCACCCGACCAAGUUUGACUUGCAUGUCAGUCCCUCAACUUGGAGUGCUGAUGCGCCCCGCAACAUUCUGACAUUGGCCGACUGACGAUGCCCAGUGUGUGAUGCGAUGUGCAGGAGGUGGGUGCGAGUGGACUCCUCAGCCACGU